GACGCUGACUCCUGGGCCCGUGCAAACAAAGCCUCUCACGCGACCCGUACAGCAAAGAACCUCCUCGCCGCUUCCCUUCCCGUCGCCGGAACCAAACCGGAGGAGCCCCGCGCCCGCCGUCUCCUCUCGCCGCCGUCGACCGCGUCGCCGCCCCGCCAUGUCGAUCUUCGAGUACAACGGGAGCGCCGUGGUGGCGAUGGUGGGGAAGAACUGCUUCGCCAUCGCCAGCGACCGCCGCCUCGGCGUGCAGCUGCAGACCGUCGCCACCGACUUCCAGAGGGUGUUCAAGGUCCACGAGAAGCUCUACAUCGGCCUCUCCGGCCUCGCUACCGACGCCCAGACGCUGUACCAGCGGUUGGUGUUUAAGCACAAACUGUACCAGCUGCGAGAGGAGAGGGACAUGAAGCCUGAGACCUUCGCCAGCCUCGUCUCCGCCCUCCUGUACGAGAAGAGAUUUGGGCCAUACUUCUGCCAACCAAUUAUUGCUGGGCUAGGAGAUAACGAUCAACCAUUUAUAUGUACCAUGGACUGCAUUGGUGCCAAGGAACUGGCAAAAGAUUUUGUGGUUUCUGGCACUGCUUCAGAAUCAUUAUAUGGUGCUUGUGAGUCCAUGUAUAAACCAGACAUGGAACCCGAAGAACUAUUUGAGACAAUCUCACAAGCAUUGCUGUCUUCUGUUGAUCGUGAUUGCCUGAGUGGCUGGGGAGGUUAUGUUCUCGUUGUAACGCCCACUGAAGUUCAGGAGAGAGUGCUCAAGGGAAGGAUGGACUGAGUUUGCCACACAAGUAGCCCUAGAUCACGUAGGAGACUGUUCCUCCGUUUGACCUAAAAACCUGUGUGAUCUAUUUAUUUCACAAACUAUAGAACCUGAAGCGUGGAAGAUAUAUGAUUGUUAAUUUCCUGUUUCCAUGUUCCAGGCACUUCUUAUGUUUUCAAUUCUACAUCUUGGAGUUGAACAUGUCACUGAAAUCUGAAAAAAGCCCGAAUGCCUGUGUGACUACGUUGUUUCAGCACACCCUGCGAAAUACCGUUGCAAUAA